AUGUCAAAGCCGGCAGAUAUAACGCCUGCAAAGCCAAAGUUUUUAGAGCGCCUCAUUACCGGGGUUGGCUCCAAACUCAGUAAAUCUCAUAAUAAGAUUAAUGAUGUUGUAGCGCCAGGUAAUAUUGCAGAGGACAGCUCUAGUGAGGCUGUAAAGGAUGCCCAAGCAGAAGGUACUAGUUGCAUCUGCCCUUUAGCAGAUAUCAACAGGCGAAAAAGCAGCCCGGAUAUUUCAGACUAUGAGGAAAUUCAUUUAUAUGAGGUUCCGCAGUCAAAUGUUGCCCCACACUCUGAAUGGAACUCACCUCGUUCGACCCCAACUUCACCUAAGCUUUCUGGGAUUGUCCGGCAGCGGUGCAAUGAGUUCCAGAAACUGAACACAGAGAAACCAGCCCAGGCCACCAAGAUUUUGAAAGACAAAAGCCUGAUGGAUUGCCAAGUACCCAAAUCGAUGCCUUCGUCACCCCAAAAUCGUGCCAAACACAUCUCGGACACCAUUGAAAAACUGACAAGCUCCUUGGCACCAGUUGAACAUAUAAAAAAGAUGCCAGCCAUCAAAGAUGAAUAUCUUGCAAAUUCAACGAUGGCUGCUGGCUAUGUGCGAGCUUUUGUGGAAAAAAUCAACCAGAGUAACUGGGCUUCUUCUGACGGGGAGAACUCCAGUUCAUCACGGAAGGGCAGCAUGACUCGGAAUGGCAUUGUAAGUCUUCAUGAUGGCAAAACUGAGUUUUUGGGUAAGCACAGUUCAAUCCAUCGUGAAAAAACAUCAAGCAUCAGUGAUCAGGGAAUUAAUUCUUUGUCUCCUGAGGAGUUAUUUGAUCGAAGUUGGUCAGAAUCAGAUACAUUUGAAGAUGACUAUAGUAGUAAUGAUGACAGUUGUCUGGAAGAUGCAGUGGCACCUUCAGAAAAUGAGGAAGCACAGAAAACAAAGGAUAUCAGGUUUCUUUUUUUUUUUUUAUUUGUUUUUAAAUUUUAUUCUUCUUUCCUUAUCUUUCUGCUGACAUAUCACUUUUGA